AUGUGGACGCAAGUAUCUCCAAGUACACUUGAAUCUGCUGAUUCUGAAUACAUUGUGAAUAAGCAUCCUGAGGGCAUGACUGGUGUUGGAGGAUGUUGGAUGUGGCAAUUUAAUACUAAUAAAGCUGCUAAUUACAUGAUUUCGUUCGUUUAUAAACGGUCAUGGGAAGAAUCGGCUAUUCAACGUGCUGAAAUUGAAGUCAUAGUUACAGAUCCAUAA